UCAUUUCUACUGCCAUUGUUUACAAUUUCUAUAAUUACUGCCACAGAUUAAAUUAUAUACUUUUGCUAAAGCAGUGGCGAUGUUAGAAGCAUUGAGAGUUUUGCAGAUCUGAAAAAAUCUUUCUAAUGGAUUCACUACGCUUGGCCGUUAUUGCCGUUUGUUUGGCAGGUGUCGUAGUGGAUGGUGCCGGGUACUCCCAGUAUGCUAACCUCUCCGCAGUGUUUCACGAGGCCCCCAUGAGCAUCGGAGAAUGUUUUGCAGAGUGUAACAAAUUUACUCCUAAGGGAAACGAAGGAUUUACUUGCACUUCUGCAAAGUAUAUCCCCAACGGCGGAUUGUGUCGGUUAUUACUGGACAAGGAUGAGUGUACGAGCGGUUCUCAUGACUGUGAAGAGACGUGCAUCAACACGUGGGGCGGUUACAAGUGUGAGUGUACUGGGGAUAAGCUGCUCAGCUCGGAUGGUAGAACGUGCCAGAUACCUUUCAACACGGCGACAUUUACCAAUCUUGGCGCCACAGGGAGAACUGGGCCCACUUCCAUAGGUUCUCACUAUGAUGGCCAGGACCACGAGGGAAUGGUGACCUUAAUCAAUGGUAUCCAGUUUUUCACUGUACCCAUGACAGGCAACUACAGGAUCGAAGUGAAAGGUGCCGCAGGAGGCUGUGACCAGAAUCAAAAUAACUGCCAACAUCGCGCCCUAGGGGCCGUGGUCGCAGGGACAUUCAGUUUAAAUGCAGGUGACGAGUUGAAGAUUUUAGUCGGACAGAUGGGUCCUGUAAAUACUUAUUCUUCAACUGGUGGAGGCGGCGGUACAUUUGUAACGCGGGCUGAUGACACUCCUUUAAUUAUUGCUGGCGGUGGAGGAGGUGUGGAAACCCCCAGUGCGGCAUACGACACGUGCGGCGGGACCACGAGCACCACCGGCAACAACGGCUACGGCGGCUCGGCUUGGCCAGGCGGCUCCAAUGGACAAGGAGCGUCCACAGCAGACAGCAGUAACUCUGGGGGCGGCGGAGGUGGCCUGUUAACCGACGGACGCAGCAGUUCCCAGUAUGGAGGUAGCGGUACAGGGGGCGAGGGCGGGAAAGCUUUUGUUAAUGGAGGAGUGGGAGGAAGAUCUAAAUAUUACGGCUCAGCAAACUACAAUGCAGAUGGCGGGUUUGGUGGUGGCGGAGGGGCUUACGGCAAUGGCGGAGGAGCAGGAGGAGGGGGAGGGUACUCUGGGGGAGCGAGUGGGGAUAACAACAGCAAUUCCUGCGGGGGCGGAGGGGGCUCCUAUAAUUCGGGCUCGAACACCACUGGAACUAGCAAGGCUCAUAACGGGCAUGGAUCUGUCACCAUUACAAGGCAAUAAACAGACAGUGUAAGGUUCCAUUACAUGUACUAUAUCAAAAUGAGUCCUAAAGGCAAACUAAGGAUUACACUUACGAACGUGCGUAUAUUAUUUGCAUAAAGCAUUGAUGCACAUGUUUGUCCAAUGUUAAAACAAGCUGAAGAUUUGAAUUACUAAAGAUUUUAGUUCGUAAAUUAUUCAAAGCAUACAUAAGCCAUCUGCGCUUGUUUGCUCCUUUUGUUGUAGAACUAUGGUGUUAUUCUCCCUACUGUAGGCUCGCAAUAUCGUUUUCAAAGAAAAGGACAUCGAUUUACAUUUGUACCUUUGCAAACAAUUUUAGUCCAUUAUGUUGUUAUUAAAUCGGUUGAUCUGACUAAACACAAGUAACAAAAAUGUGUGUGUCCAUACAUCUAUCCAUGUUUAAUCUGAUCGAUAUUGAGUCCAUUGUCACGUUUAUGGAUAUAAUCAAUUUUAUUAAUUAGAUCAGUGGCAUACAGAUAUCACUAGAUGAAAUA